ACCACAAAUCCACGCUCAACACGUUAAGGUUUUGUCGUUUUCCCGCCAAACACACUCAGUUUCACUUCCCCAGUUUUUUGGAACAGUCUUUAGAAAUUACUUGUUUUAUUUCGUCGUUUAGAAUUUACAAGUAAAAUUUAUUAUAUACCUUUCAGCUUAUUUUAAAUAUUUGAAAAUUCAAAAUGGACGAUGAAGUAAUGGAAGCCCUUGAUUCGGGAACGUCUUCCGAGUCAGAGUCUAACACUCCAGAUUCACCACUGAAAGACAUCAAAUCUCCUGUUGCUAACAAUAGCUCAGGUUCACUUUGCUUGAAUGAUCAUGAAGCAUUGAAAGCAAAAUCUCCUUUGAGUUUGCCGAACAAUAUUUCAAAGCCAAAAAACGAACCAGCUUCAUCAUUGGUAACAGUAGAUGACAACUCAAAUUCAAGUGAUGUUCCUCUCAUCAAAUUUGUGGCUUCCGCAAAGACAAAUGAAACUGAGGUAAAAGAAAAGACUGUUGCUCGCAGUAGCAGCAAGAAGAAAAUGCUGAAAGUCAUAGUUGAAUCUGAUUCUUCAUCUAAUAGUUCUACUGAUCAAGAUGAGAAGCAAAAUAGCAAACCAGUUUCAUUGUCAAAAGUGGAUGAUGACUCUAAUUCGAGUGAUGUCCCGCUAAUUAAAUUUUUAGGUUCCCCUAAGAAAAAGGAAAAGAAAGAGGAAAAACAAAAGACUGUCAUUAGUGGCAAGAAGAAAAUAUCAAAACUUGUAUCCGAAUCUGAUUCUUCAUCAGCUAACAGUUCUGACACUGUGGCUCUUGAUAAUGCUUCUGGUUUUAAUAUUGAUAUUCAAAAGAGUGAAAUACCCAAGAGCAGUACCAAGAAAGCAUCUAAGAAGACUGAAACUAGUAAGAAAAUUGAUCUUAAAAGAAAAAGAAGCGGCGAAUCUGACUGUGAAGAAAAAGCUAAUUCUAAAAUCAAAAGAAAACUAGAUAUGUCAUCUGAUAGUGACUCUGAUGAAAUUGUUAAAGAGAAAAGUGCUACACCAUUCCCAGCUUCAAAGAAGAGGAAACCUACUUCUACAACCGGUAAAAAGAAUAAAGCAGAUUCUACAAUGACCAAGAAGAAAUCAGCUCCUGCUAGCAGUAAGAAGAAUGAAUCUGUUCAGAAUAAGAGUGUUGUGUCACCAACAAAAAGCGAGUCCAGCGUUGACCAAAAGAACCAAACUCCAAACUCUAAGCUUUCUGAUCCUAAAAAGACCAAAAAGUUGGAUACACGUGACAUAUUGGAAACACUUGAUGAUGACUCCAACGGAACUAGUGCUAGCAGCUCUUCAGAAGAUGUAGAAAUGGAGGAACCUCAAAAAACGGAAGAAAACGCAGAGGCAAAAUCAAGUUCCGACAGUGAUGAGGAUUCGGAUGCAGUCACAACUUCUUUCAAGGGCAAAAAGAAAAUUCUACAGCAAGAAAAAUCAAGCAGUUCGGAAAACUCUGAAAGCGACAGUGACGAUGAUUUAACAGCAAAGAAAGUCACCAAAAAGGCAAAAGGAAGGUCCGAUUCAGCUUCUAAGAAAUCCGACAACAAGGAAAGCAGCUCUUCCUCCAGCGAUGAAGAAUCAGAAAAUGUUUCUCCGAAGAAGAAAAAAGCCGCAUCGAAGGAUGUCCCCGAAAAAGCAAAAGGAAAGUCCAGUUCGGCUUCUAAGCAAUCUGAAUCCUCAUCAAGCAGCUCUUCAUCCAGUGAGGAAGAAUCUGAAAAUGUUUCUCCGACGAAGAAAAAAGCCGCAUCGAAGGAUGUCCCCGAAAAAGCAAAAGGAAAGUCCAGUUCGGCUUCUAAGCAAUCUGAAUCCUCAUCAAGCAGCUCUUCAUCCAGUGAGGAAGAAUCUGAAAAUGUUUCUCCGAAGAAGAAAAAAGCCGCAUCGAAGGAUGUCACCAAAAAAGCCAAAGGAAAAUCCGGUUCGGCUUCUAAGCAAUCUGAAUCCUCAUCAAGCAGCUCUUCCUCUAGUGAUGAAGAAUCGGAAAAUGUUUCUCCGAAGAAGAAAAAAGCCGCAUUAAAAGGAGAAAAAACUGCUAAAAAGGAAUCUAAAAAGGACGAAAAGGUUAAACCUGGAGGAAAGAUAGUGAGGCUUCAACGCUAUCUAAAAGAAGCAGGCAUUCGAGUUCCAAGGUACGAGACAUUAUGGCAGGGAUGCAAAUCCGAUAAGGCGCGAGCACAAAAGCUGUUAGAGUUGCUUUACGAACGUGGAUUGAAGGGGAAUCCAUCGCUUUCUAAAUGCCAAAAACUCAAGCGGAAAUUUGAAAGAGCAAAGGAAAUUUCCGAGUUGAACACAAGCAACAUCAUCGCUUCUAAUGGGAGAUCUCGCCGUUCCGCAACCAACGCUUUUGCAUCCCGCCGCAGUCCUUCCCCACAGAGUGCCAAGAAACAAGAAGCAUCGCCAAAGUCGUCUCCAGCAUUCAAGAAAAUGUUUGGCCGAUUAAGAAACAUUAUCGACAGUGAGGGGGAUUCCGAUUAAAAUUUCCGUAACGUAUUCCAAUUCAAUAUGCUCCAUAUCCUAGUUGUAUUCGGAACACUAGAUCGAUGUUAUCUUACUGGCCGAGGAUUUUUAAAUCUCCUGCCAUUACCUCACACGUGACUGUGUUGUCUUGUUGUGCGGCCAAUUAUGUCCAAAUAAUCAGAAACAAAUGUUUAACCUUGUACGUCAUAGAAACUUUUUGUUAAUCACAAAAUUUUAAUGAUUUUAGUUUUAGAAUAAAACGGAUUUAGUAACUCGGAA